AUGAAAAUUAGAAUAAUUAUAAGACAUCAUACAACUAAUUACACUCUAGAGAUUAAUAAAACAGAUACAGUAGCAAAUCUAAAAGAUAAAAUAUAUAACAUUGUACAUGUAGAUCCUAAGAGUCAGAUACUGUACUAUAAUGAGAAAUAUUUGACAGAUGAUAAAAAACCAAUAGAAUCUUUUGACAUAAAAGAAGAUUCUAUUAUAUUUUUAAGAGAAGAAAAACAAAAAAAUAUUGGACUUUUUAAUCCUCAACACAUGAAGUCAAUGUUGGAGAUGAUGCCACAAAUGAAAGAACAAAUGGAAGAUAACCCACAGUUACAAGCUAUGAUGAAUAGUUCUAGUUUCCAGGAAGAAAUGGUAAACAUGAGCACAGAUCCAAAUUAUUUAAAAGAACAGAUGAAAAAUUUUGAUUUAACUGUUUCUAGAUUAGAAAAUAUGCCUGGAGGAUUUAAUAUGAUAAAUUCUAUGAUGAAAGAUGUACAGGACCCAAUGCUUGGUGCUUUUACCGACAGCUUAAGAAAUAAAUCUUAUAAAGAAGGUGGAAUGAUAAAGACACCCAUUACAGAACCCUUGCCUGGAAAGUUUAAUAAGCAAAAUUUAUUGUUAAAAUACAGAGAAGAACUAGCACUUUUAAGAGCAAUGGGAUUUGAAAAUCCUAAAAAUAAUUUAUCUGCACUAGUAGCAUGUCAUGGAGAUGUAGUUGAAACAAUAGAACAUUUAAAAAAUAAAAAUGAAUAA